AUGGCGCGCGUCUACGCCGACGUCAAUGCUAACAUGCCCCGGUCGUAUUGGGAUUAUGAUUCCGUAUCGAUCUCAUGGGGUGUGUUGGAAAACUACGAAAUCGUGAGGAAGAUUGGAAGAGGAAAAUAUUCCGAAGUGUUCGAAGGCAUUAACGUUGCCAACUACCAGAAAUGCGUCAUCAAAGUCCUGAAGCCUGUAAAGAAGAAGAAAAUAAAGCGAGAGAUCAAGAUCCUACAAAACCUCUCUGGCGGACCAAAUAUCGUCGCACUUCUCGAUGUUGUGAGGGACAGCCAGAGCAAAACACCCAGUCUGAUAUUUGAGAAUGUGGACAAUACGGACUUCAGGACGCUCUACCCACGGUUCGUCGAUUACGAUGUUCGCUACUACAUCUUCGAACUCUUAAAAGCCUUGGAUUUCUGCCACAGCAAGGGUAUCAUGCACCGGGACGUCAAGCCUCACAACGUUAUGAUCGAUCAUGCAAAGAGAAAGCUAAGGCUCAUCGAUUGGGGUCUGGCCGAAUUCUAUCACCAGGGUACAGAGUACAAUGUCAGAGUCGCAUCGCGAUACUUCAAAGGUCCGGAACUGCUGGUCGACUACCAAGAAUACGAUUACUCCCUGGACAUGUGGUCGUUGGGCGCCAUGUUUGCGUCCAUGAUCUUCCGAAAAGAACCUUUUUUCCACGGAAAUAGUAACUCUGACCAGCUGGUCAAGAUUGCGAAGGUUCUUGGUACGGAUGAGCUCUUUGAGUACCUCGACAAGUAUGACAUCGAGCUUGACGCUCAAUACGACGACAUCCUCAGCAGAUUCCCAAAGAAACCAUGGCAAAGCUUUGUGAAUGCUGACAAUCAGCGCUUCGUCAGCCCAGAGGCCAUCGAUUUCCUCGACAAACUCCUCAGAUACGAUCACCAGGAACGACUCACAGCCCAGGAAGCCAUGGCACAUCCAUACUUUGCGCCCGUAAGGAAUGCAGCUGCACAACAGAACUCGCAAAAUCAUGUUUCCUAG